AUGCAUUUCUGUAACUUCCUCCUUGUUGCUAGCACGGCAGCCCUUGCCGUUGCUGCACCAUCAGCAAGUGAAAAGAAGAGAGCCAAAAAGUUUCAAUGGUUCGGUGUAAAUGAAUCAGGCGCUGAGUUUGGAAAUGCCGCCCUUCCUGGUCAAUUGAAUAAGGACUACACAUGGCCUCCAACUUCAACCGUUGAUACACUUGUGGGCAAGGGAAUGAACGCAUUCCGUGUCCCAAUCAUGAUGGAAAGGUUAAUACCUACCAAGAUGACCGGUUCUAUGAACGCCACAUACCGUGAUCCUAUGGUUCAGUACCUGAACUACAUCACCUCGAAAGGUGCUUACGCCAUUCUCGACCCUCACAACUUUGGUCGCUACUACAACAACAUCAUCACCGAUUACUCUGGCUUCCAGGCAUGGUGGAAGACGGUUGCUACAUUGUUCGUCAACAACGACAAAAUCAUCUUUGACUGCAACAACGAACCCCAUGACAUGGGUUCUGCGAGCGUCAAGCAAUUGAUGCAAGCAUGUAUCGACGGUGUCAGGAGUUCCGGCGCCACCAGUCAAUACAUCUUCGUCGAAGGGACAUCUUACUCCGGUGCCUGGACAUGGGUCUCCUCCGGCAACGGCGCCGACCUCCUCUCCCUCACCGACCCCUCUGACAAAAUCGUCUACGAAAUGCACCAAUACCUCGACACCGACGGCUCCGGCACCUCCGCCAACUGCGUCUCCUCAACCAUCGGCUCCGAGCGUCUAAAGGCCGCUACCGCCUGGCUCAAGACCAACAAGAAGAAGGGUAUCCUCGGAGAGUUCGCCGGUGGAGCAAACACCCAGUGCCAGAAUGCUGUUAAGGAUUUACUGUCUUAUAUGGGCAGCAAUACGGAUGUUUGGAUGGGUGCGCUUUGGUGGGGUGGUGGACCAUGGUGGGGGACGUAUAUUUACAGUAUGGAGCCUCCGAGUGGAAGCGGGUAUACUAGUACGUUGCCUUUGAUGUUGCCUUAUAUUUGA